GGGGGCUUUCCCAGCUGUCCCCCCCUCCACCCUCCUCAUCCUCUUCCUCCACCUUCUCUUUGCUGUGGCUUGCAACCGGCAGCCGAUAGGAAUGACUCACCUGUACUCCCAGCUCUUUGGCUGGCUCCCUUUCCCGCUGCCAUAUUUGGCGAGGUGGCGCUGCCCCUCGUGUUAACUUUGUUUGCCCGAUGGCUUCUGGAGAUAACGGCAGCGGUGACGCCAUUUGGAAAGGUGUCGUUCCAUUACGGCGGAGGGACAGCGUCAAAGUCUUAAGGCUGACCCUUCAGAAUGACCUUCCGGGGGACCGACUCGACCAAAUGAGGCAAAAGCCGGUGGGACGAGCCUUCGCCAUGGUGGCCAACCGUCCGGCCAGCAGCCACGGCCUGGCGUCCGAAUGCAUCAAAUCUAACGAGGGGGACGAAGAGAUAAUUAAGGUGUACCUGAAAGCCCGGGCCGAAGAGAGGGCGAAGCACGAAAACGGGGCCCCACCGUUGACAAACGACAACUGUCAUCCGCCAGAGUUUCCCUCCAACAAGUCAAACGGCUUCCAGCCUCUUCGGACAGUCACGUACCGCACCGUAUCCAUAAGUCAGGACGAACCCACCUAUCCCACCGAGGACAUCUCCAUCAUGCGCGAGACGACCAAGAGACUCUUUUCAAAACUUCAGGAGGCCGAGAAGAGGCACCAGUCUGACCGCUCGGCCUACGAGACGUCCAUCUCGCAUUAUCGGAGGGAAGCGGAGCAUUCAGGCAUCGCCCUCCGGAAAGCCGAAACGGAACUGGAAAUGAAGGACCUUAAAUUGGAAGAACUGCAACGGCUUCUCACCGGCAUGGAGAAGGAACACCAGAUCCUCCGGCAGAAAGUUCGGGACGGCGAAAUGCAACUGGAAGAUCUGCGGAGCUCGGAGAAGGACAAGGCAGCCGAGCAGGAAAGGUCGGCCAAGUUAGAGAAGGAGGUCUCCGGUCUCCGGGAGAAGAUCCACCACCUGGACGACAUGCUGAAGAGUCAGCAGCGGAAAGUCCGGCAUAUGAUUGAGCAGCUGCAGAACUCCAAGACGGUCAUCCAGUCGAAGGACACUAUCAUCCACGAGCUCAAGGAGCGGGUGGCGUAUCUGGAGGCCGAGAACCUGGAAAUGCACGACCGCAUGGAGCACCUGAUUGAAAAGCAGGCCCACCCCGCGUCGUUCCACAACCGCAGCCGCUCGAAGUCGGAGACCGUCAGCAGCAAAAGGUUCACCAAGCCUGUGGGACCGAAACCUUUGCCCCUGAUCCGAGUCUUGGAAACAUGAACGGGAUUUCGCCACUCUGCCUGGCAAGAUCGCGCCCACCGCAAACCCGCUGGAUGCCUCUCGUUUAUCGCUUCGUCCACCACCACCACCCCAUGUUCCUCACCCUCCCCUCCUGUGCCAAGGGAGGGUGUUGGCACGAGCAGGAAGGGCCUCCCCAGGCCCUAAAAGCGGUGAAUUUUAUACCGGAUCGAGGCGGAGGAAGAGGGAAACGCGUGACUAGCAGAAGAAGAAAAUUGGAGCAAGUGAAUAAACGGGUUCAGUUUAGGAAAAAUAAAAAAGGGACAGUGCCUUUUAAAACUUCCCGGUUGCCCCAAUUUCAUAGCUUUGGUUCCUGGGCAAACUUAUUUUGGGGUAGAGAGGGAGAAGGGAAGGAGCGUUAGUGGAGUUUUCCCCUUGAAUAAAGCUUCAUUCAAAUUUUUAAAAAACCCUUUUCUUAUUCUUCUUUGCCUUGUGAGCGAGGCGCUUCACCGUGGAGAAUCAUCCCUCCCCGUUAUUUUAAAAACCCAUUUUAACCCUCUCGCCCCCCCCCCCCCAAAAUAAAACCAACCGAGCUGAGAUUCCUCUUUGCCCCCCACCCUGGCGGAGGGUGGUGGUGGUAGAGAGACUUGUAAUAAAUCCCUGUAAUUUAAUUUAGAGCCCGUUUUGUGUUUCUGUACAUAUUUAUCUAUGAAAUAAACUCAAGGAUGGUCUUUAAAGAAAAGUG